AUGAGGGUAGACGUUGAACUGAUGUUCGAAUGUCUGAUUUAUAUCAACGCCCACUAUUUUCCUGUGUUCAUGAUCAGUGAAGUAUCGAUGACGAUCGCCAAAUACAUCAGUGAGAAAAAAGAUACGCCGAAUCUGGGGACCGAUGCCAUAGUGUGUUCUGCAAGACACUUCGUGGAGCUACUGAAACUUAUCCUGUUUAAAAAGCUCAAAGACACUCACAGGAAAAAGGGCGAUUCGUCUCGUGGGUGUGCCUCGCUCACAAACUCACUCAUUUCUCUGGAACACCGUAGAAAAGUUGGCGAUCUGGCUCUUUUUUAUAGAUAUUUUUAUGGACGAUGCUCUUCUGAAAUAUCAACAAUUGUUCCUCCCUUGGCAGUCCCCGCGAGAUCAACCCGUCGAGUUGAGGCUUCGCACCCAUUCGUGGUCACUUUGGAGACCUGCAGAACAUCACUUUCCAAAGACUCGUUCAUCCAACGAACAGCGAGGCUCUGGAACACAUUGCCAAGGAAUUCUCCAAAUCAUUCGCUGAAACAAUCAAUAUUGGAGCGAAUUUUGGAGAGGAGAGGAAAGGUAAAAUUGAAAAAAUGCCAGGAGAAGAAAAAUGAUGAUGCUUCCAUUACGGAUAGGAAAAGACUCCAUAUCGAUGCAACUUGGAGAAAGAUUUACUGCGCUAAGAAAGCUGCGGAUUUGACACUGAAAUAUAGUUCCGAUUUGGAUCCGUAUGAAUUCGUCAACGAAUUAGAGAGCUUCAAAUUUCAAGCAUGUGCAAUGUUUACGGACUUGGACAAAAUGAAUGCUCUUGAUAUUCGUCGGAAAAUGCGUGUAUUGUCGCUUCAAACAAUAUAUCCUAAUCUGGACACAGCUCUCAGAAUAUUCCUAACAAUUGGUGACUUUUCUGGUGCUGAUCUUGACCUGCAUCACCACAGCCACUGUUUACUAUACGGUGUUCAUCCAGCAACCCACUUUGAAGCUGGAAAACGUCCUCUCGUCUCUUACCAUACUGAUGAAAAUCCCCAUGUGACUGUUCAAAACAGACAACAAGGAAGAUUCAGUUUUAAUGUGUGGGUAGGAAUUUUCAGAGGACAAUUCAUUGGACCCUAUAUUUAUGAUGGACCGCUGAAUUCUAGAGAAUAUUUGGAUAUUUUAAUGAACCAGGUUGAACCGUUCUUGGAAGAUAUUCCUAUUAAUCUGAUACCCAGAGUAGUUUUCCAACACGAUGGUGCCCCUGCACAUUGUGCAAGGAUUAUCAACGAUUACCUCAAUGUCCAGUUCGGUGAGAAGUGGAUGGGAUAUCAAGGGCCCAUACAAUGGCCUGCCCGGUCACCGGACCUGACGCCCUUAGAUUUUUUGCUUUGGGGUAGAAUUAGAGACUUAACUUAUAAAAAUAAUGAUUUCAAUAGCCGGGAAGAAUUAGAAAGGGUGUUGCGAGGUGCGUUUAACCAAGUUCUAAAUAUACAACUCAUUAAUGCAGUUAAUGCUGUUACCAAAAGAUGUAGAAUUUGCCUUCAACAAAAUGGGGGACAAUUUGAACAUUUGCUGACAUAA